AUGCUUAUGGUCAAAAACACUUUGGACCUGGUACCUACAAGAAAAAUCCAGAUUUGUGUAGCUCACAGGUUCAUCCACUUAUCAGAGAUACUGAACCUCUGCCACAAAAGGUUGCAGCAUUCUGGCUCCACGAACAGGAAUCUGGAGGAGAAGAUUAGCCUGAGUGAAAAAGGAAAAGUGGAAAUUCAUCGGAAAGGUGGCAAGUUCACUGAGCACAAAGCCAGUGCAAGCUUCGAAGUCGCGAACGAUAAAGGAAUUAAGGUGUCAAAAGAUGUGAAAGAAUCUGACUGUACAGUCCAAACCAGAAAACACUGGGAUGUCUGUGAGCCAAAUAUUUCUAGAUAUUCAUCUUAUAUAGUGAUUGGACAGUGUAAGGUAAUAGCUACAACACAUCUGAGUGAAUUUCAGGGUCUUAGAGUGAAUGACUUCAACUGUACCACAAGCUCUGUCUUUUCCGCAUUGGCCAAUACUAAAGACAGCCCUGUACUCUUGGAUUUCUUUGAGGAGACUGAGGUCUACAGAAAACAAGCAGACAAAGUCCUUGAGAUGUACAAAAAGGAGAAUGGUGACUUUGCCUCUCUCAGAGUGGACCAAGUGGAGAGAGUCGGCAGAGGCGCCAUGGGCAUUCCUCUGCUCACAAGCCUUCAUUUACACACAGUAGAUCCAGAGAUAACCCAUCCCCACGAGUCACAUAAACCUGGAUGCCCACCUCCUCUAGACGACAAAAAUCACUCAGACAGACCACUACUUCAAGCAGGAGCUCCUUCAAGACUGUCCCCUUCAAGAUGUCAUCACUUCCAUUUUGGCACCAAUGGCACACAUGCCCCUCAUAAUCAUAGUUCCAGUGAGCACCAUCUCCAUGGACACCAUCCCCAUGGACACCAACCCCAUAGACAGCAUCCUGAUGGCCAUGGUUUUCAUUACCAUGGACCCUGUGACUCACCACCCCAUAGGCAAGGUCCCCAAAAUCACCAUCACUGGGGCCAUGGCUCACCACCUAGGCACUCAGAAGAAAGAGGUCCAGGCAAAGGACACUUUCCCUUAAGAUGGAGACAAAUUGGAUAUGUUUACCAACUCCCUCCAUCAAAGAAAGGUGAAGAUCUUCCUCUUCCUGUAGCCAAUUUUCCCAGCUUCUCAUUGCCAAACCACAACUAUCCUCUAAAGCCAGAAAAUCAGCCCUUCCCUCAAUCAGCCUCUGAAUUAUGUCCAGGGAUGUUCAAUAGUGAAUUUUCACAAGUUUCAAAGUUUUUUGAAGAGACAUUUCCAAAAAGAAAUCUGAGUUCCUUGAAGAAUGAGUAAUGUUCUGAAUUAGAACCAUAAAUAAAAUGUAACCAAUAAUAAA